AUGGAGCCAGGCAGUGUGGAGAACCUGUGUGUCAUAUACCGGAGCCGUGACUUCCUGGUGGUGAACAAGCACUGGGACGUGCGCAUCGACAGCAAAGCCUGGCGGGAGACGCUGACCCUCCAGAAGCAGCUGCGGCACCGCUUCCCGGAGCUGGCCGACCCCGACACCUACUACGGGUUCAGGUUCUGCCACCAACUGGACUUCUCCACCAGCGGGGCACUCUGUGUGGCUCUGAACAAGGCGGCCGCAGGCAGUGCAUACAGGUGCUUCAAGGACCGGCGAGUGACCAAGGCUUAUCUGGCUCUGGUGCGGGGGCACGUCCAGGAGAGCCGGAUGACCAUCAGCUACUCCAUCGGCAAGAACAGCACAGAAGGCCGGACCCACACCAUGUGCAUUGGAGGCACACAGGGUUGUGAGAACCCAAAACCAAGCCUCACAGAGCUGGUGGUCCUGGAACACGGGCUCUAUGCAGGCGACCCGGUCUCCAAAGUGCUGCUGCAGCCGCUCACAGGCCGGACGCACCAGCUGCGUGUGCACUGCAGCGCCCUCGGCCACCCCAUCGUGGGGGACCUGACCUAUGGCCAGGCCUCGGGCCAGGAGGACCAGCCGUUCCGUAUGAUGCUGCACGCUUUCUACCUGCGCAUCCCCACAAGCGCUGAGUGCGUGGAGGCCUGCACACCCGACCCCUUCGUGCCCUCCCUCGAUGCCUGCUGGAGCCCUCAUACCCUGCUGCAGCCGCUGGACGAGCUCGUCCAGGUCCUGCGGGCUGCCCCGGACCCUGACCCCUCAGAAGGAGGCCCCGGGCCCUGCAGCCCCUGCACGCCCCUGCCUGGGCCAGGCCGGCCCCCACCACCCCCCGAGACAGAGGUGCAGCGGUCCUCCUGCCUGCAGUGGCUGUCGGAGUGGACGCUGGAGCCAGACAACUGA